UAGUGUUUCAAUUUUUUCUUGAAUUUUUCAAUUUCGAUCUCUUCAACGAUGUCCAAUAGAUUACAAAACUCUUUAUCGGUGAUAUCAGGGUAAAUGUAGAGUAAAUUUUCAAUGGCACGUUUAUAAUUUAUUUUAAUGGGCUUGUCGGAAUAAUCUACGUCGUGGUGAUUAUUGCCUCCUACAUUUUUAACGAUAAAAUGUUCAUUGGCGGAUAAAUCCGCGUUGAAAUUACAACACGAACAAUAAAUAUUGUGGUACCGCGACAUUAUGCUAAUAAUUUAAUGACUGACUAGAACAAUCUGUCAAAUGCCUAAAUUUACUGUUUUACUCGAAUCAUAAAAAGGUAAUCAUGUCCACCGUAUGUACAUCCUCAAAAACAUCAAAAUCUCGUACUUCAACAAAAAGCACUGAUAAAGAUAUUUAUUAUGCAAAACCUCGAGGUGGUGGUUAUUUAAAAGUCUCACCAGAUUAUGUGAAGUGUCAAUCUGAAGAUCUGGAACGAUUGCAUAGUAGAAAUUCAUGUUCUUGCAGAGGAUAUGAAUCUGAUACUGAAAUUGCUUGGUCAGACGCUGACGAAGAAACAUCAACAUCGCUUUUAAGCAAUUCCAUUGGAGAAGAAUUUAAUGUGAUUGGCAACGUUAUGAGUGUUGUAAUGUUGCUUGCGUCUGGUAAUCAACCAACAGAAUUCCAAAUGAAAACCGCAACUGCUUAUUUGGAAUGCAUUAAAGAUUAUGACGGGAAUACGCCACCUAAUAUUCAGGGUCUAUUGAAUCAUAUUAAUAUGGUUACAGAUGAGACCUACAGUGAUGCACAAGAAAACCAUGAAGAAGAUAGUAAACAUUGUGGUAAGAUAGAUGAAGAAGACGAAGAAGAAGAAGAGGAAGAACAAGAUAAAGGCAAAUAAUGUCACUUAAUGACAAAAUGUCAUCUAUUGGUUCAAUUAUACUGACAUUUAUACAUUUCACAUUUAUAUUAAAAUUUUAUCGUGCUAAAAUGAGUCGUAAACAGAAAAAAUGUAGUGAUCAAGAAAGUAAUGCCACUAAAGAUGAAUCUGAGUCAUUCCAUACCCUUCCUUCUUAUAAAUCACAAAAUAAUUUUGACGAUACAGCAAUUCGGGUGCACCACUCUACUGUGAACGCCAUUCCUGUCAUCGAACCUAAAUCUGAAAAAUACAAACCAAUCCCGUAUA